CCUCCUUCCUUUUUGAGGAAUUUCAAGAUCAAUUUCACAGCAAUUGAAGAUCAUUACUUUCAUAUUCAAUCUUUUUCCCCGGAAAUCAAACUUAAUCAUUCACCAGUUGGGAGAAGGACAAGUGAAUUUGUUGCUGUGGAUUGGGAAAGUGUUGGAUUCUAAAAAUGGAAGGAGACACAUUUUCAGGGCUAGGAAAUGGUACACAGGUAGACAGUAAGGUAUUACAGACAUUUCAGAAGAGUUUUGUGCAAGUUCAGAGCAUAUUGGAUCAGAACAGAUUGCUAAUCAAUGAGAUCAACCAAAAUCAUGAGUCAAGGAUUCCUGAUAACCUUUCCAGGAAUGUGGGCCUAAUAAGGGAGCUUAACAAUAAUAUAAGGAGGGUUGUUGACCUUUAUUCUGAUCUUUCUCAUUCCCUAACUAGAUCCAUGGAAGCUUCAUCGGAAGGUGAUUCCAGCGGUGUUCUAAAAUCCGACGCCAAAGCUACUCACAAGAAAUCGGCCUGUCUCUCCCUGGGUCCCGCCGUAUGUAUAGACAUAGAUAUACGGUGCAAUGCACAACUUCAACCAUUAUUAAUACGAAGGUUGCCCUCCUUCUAUGAAACAAAACCAAAAGCAAAGGAAUCUAGGAGUUGUGUUGGUAGACCCUCAUUAAUAAGUGUUGAUCAACUUGGGUAUGUAGCCUGUACUUCAGGACUUCUG